AACACAGAUCCACGAGUCAGAAUCCACCUUCAGAGGAGUUCGCCGAGGAAGGAAAACUAGGUAGGCUACUUCCUAACGUGUAGGAUUAUAUCGAGUUAUUCAUCAGUUGAUGCGACAUCUAAACUUCCUCCAUGUGUUUGUUACACUGUGGAAACCAGACCGAACCUUCCAACCAGGCGUAAGAAAAGAUCUCCUCAAUUGAAGUGGAUUAAUCCAAUGUGGCAGUUACUGUAUGCAUACAAGCAGUAUGGUGUACCGGUAAAGACCUGUUAACAGUCACCAGCAGUGAUAAUAUGCAAUCAAUUAAGCAAGAGGUGGACUCCAAUGAGUCCUACAGUGGAGAUGAUUCCCUGGUCCUGGCUGUCGCCUUACAAGGGGCUAACAGAGACCUGAUGGGCCACAAAAUCUCUGCAAUUCCGUUUAAGGCUAAAGCUGCCUGUCGCAGGAAAAGGGAGUUUAUCCCAGAGGAGAAGAAAGACAACCUUUAUUGGGAGAGGCGCCGCAAAAACAAUGAGGCAGCCAAACGGUCCAGGGAGAAGAGACGUAUAAAUGACAUGGUGCUUGAGAACAAGCUGAUGGCCCUUGGAGAAGAAAAUGCCUCCCUCAAGGCUGAGCUGCUGUCGUUGAAACUGAAGUUUGGCCUGGUGAGCUCGACAGCAUAUGCUCAAGAAGUCCAAAAGUUAUCCAACUCCACCACUGUAAACCCCUACCAAGAGUUUGUUCCACUCAGUGCUGGCCAAGGUUCUUCCAGCAAAGAUUUGGAGCCUGUUCACCUGCGCAGCAGCUGCAUAUCAGUCAUCAAGCAUUCACCUCACAUCCCAGAGACAUGUAUUGCAACUGCAAAGGGUAGCUUUAGUAUCUGCCAGACUUCAGACAUCAAGCAAGAACCAGCAGAGAAUGGCAGCUAUGCACAGGAGAGCAGUAGUCCCUAUGAACUCUAUAGAAACUACAGGGCCAGUCCAUUGUCUGGAGUCUACUCCCAACCUGCUUCAUUCCUGCAGAUCACCAGAUCGUCCAGUAACUCCCCCAGGAGCUCAGAUGAUGGCGCUAUAAGCAAAUCAUCAGAUGGUGAGGAUGAGCAGCAGGUCCCCAAAGGGUUAAUAUCAUAUAUAGGUGAUCCAAAAAGCGUCAUUGUCUCCACACACAAAGUGCCAGAUGCCAGUUCUUCAGCUUUGCCCCAUAAACUGCGGAUCAAAGCCAGAACCAUCCAAAUCAAAGUGGAGGCCAUCGACCCUGAAUAUGAGUCUUCUGGAAAGACCUCCUCUCCCAUCAACAAUUCAGAGGGAAGAUGCUACCAGACCGCUCAGGAUUUUUCAGCAUACACCCAGUCCCCCCCGUGCCCUUUGUCAUUACAGGUCACUAACAUGCAAGACUGGAUCCACCGGUCUGAGAAAAAGCAUAAAAGCAGCACAAAGACACUGCAGAAUGGCUUCAAAAGUAGCAGGCUGACCCCAAGCCCCGCCUCAAACAAAACCGUUGACCUUGUAAAAGAAUUGUCCUAUGCACACUCAGAUGCUGAGGACUUGUAUAUGAAAUAGGGCCUUUCUGACCUCUCUGCCAAAGUGGCCUGUCUGAGGAGACUGAUCACAACACAGCCAGGGUCUGUGAUAGACAACCAAAUGCACCACUGAUCAUCAAGAGUCAUUAUCAAAGCCAUGUUCCUCUGAAUGACCUUGGUAUGGUUCACAUUUCCACAGUAUUUGCUGUUGCAUUUUGUGGUUGAUAUUGGGGGUAAAAAUAUUUGGAUUACUGUAAAUUUUUAAAUGAAAGGUGUUCAAGUAAUGGCAUGUGCAUAGUUUCAUUGACGGCAGCUUGAUCAGGGAUUGGAAAAGAAGUAAUGGCAACUAAAAUGAAUAGAUUGAAAACCGUAUUUCUGUGGAGAGCAGCAGAGUGGUGCGAAUGACAUGACUAUUCACUAUAUGUUCCAUGUUUAACAGGUAAACAUGCAUUAACAGCAAAUUAAAGCAGGAGCAGAUAAGAAAACAGGGCAACCCGUUCUCACUCUCAACCAGGCCUGUCACAAUAAUUACAUUAUCGACUUAUGUAUGAUACCUCAUUUUAGCCAAUAUUGCCCGUUUACUUGCAUGUUAUUUUACAUGAGAAUGAAGAUUGCAGCAUUUCAGCCAGUCGUGCUGUGUCUGUACUCUUGUUUCCACAGGGCACGGCUGCGUCCGGUGUUAUGAGUUUUACCUACCUGUCGAGAAUUGCAUGCACCUCCAAAAACUGCUUUUAAAUACUAUAAUAUCCUUUGUGGGCUACAUCAAUGGUGAUAAAUGACUGUAAGUAUAUCUUUUAUGAAUAUUUACAGUUAAUAUUUGAUUACACUUCGUAUAAGAAGCAUUCCUUAUGAUUCAGCAAAAAUAUGUGGUGAAAACUGCGGUUGAUCAGGGAGCACAGCAAAUUGUCUGAAAUGGAUCUUAAGAGGUGGAUGCAUAAUUCGGCAGAACAGAUGUUGUAGGCUACCUGCCGAGAUUUGCAUCCACCUCUUUUCUCAGCAUGAAUUAGCGUUACCACCCGCUAGGUGCAUGCAAUUCUUGGCAAGCAUGCAGAUUUCAGGAUAACACCGGAAGCGGACAUCUUCUGUCUGUCUGCAGAACAAUUGCAGCAGGUCUGUUUUUGACUGAAGCUGUGCCAAGCAGCACGGAGCAGAUGAACAGGGAUUUAUUUAUUUAGGAGAUUUAAAAAAAAUAAGUUGCUCUUUAAAAGGGUGUGCUUCCAUUAUUAUGCUAUUAUCAUUAAAUAAUUGGCAUAAAAUGGUCUUAAAAUGACAAUAUUGUUUAUCGCAAUUAUUUCUGGGUAACUAUCGUCCAACAGAAGUAGUUAUCGGGACUCCCAAGUCGCCACAGACGGACACAAGACUUCAUGGUGUCACCUUUGAAUGCAAUGGGAGGCCUUUUAAGGUCAUUGUUUAACUCUACAAGUAGUUAGUAAGUUUAAAUAAGUGUUUCACCCAGGAGCCCAGUGCUGGUUUCCCAUGUGAAACAAAUAUGGUUAAUGUCGAUUCUUUUUUGCUUAUGUAACUUAAGAUAUUUAACAGCAUACUUAUUUUAACCCAAACCAUGAUCUUUGACUCGACCUAACCAAGAAGUUUUUGUGCAUAAACCUAACCAAACUACCAUUUCACAUUAAUGUGCCGUUUCACAAUGUUAAUUGCAUGUUUUUGUUUGUAAGACUAGCCAGAUGUUGGAUAUUUGUUAUUACUAACUUGACUGUCGAGCCCGGCAAAAUUAUGCUAAAGGGGUAGCCAGUGCGUUAAAAAGCAAUGAUUGAGGGGUCUGUGACGAGUUGAGAGUGAGAAUGUGUUGAAACAGGGAACUUUUUAAUAAAAUAUAAUCAACUAUAGUUAUAAAACAAUUGGUGCUCACUGCAGUAGAGGUAUUCCAAAUAAAGGAUUUGUGGGUACUAUUUGAGAAUUUACAGUUAAUUGUUAAUCACUGAUGUGUCACAGACAUCAUUGACAUUAUGUGUGAAGCUUUUAUUUUUAUUUUUCCAAAUGAAUCAUGACUCUUGUCUGUAUAUACCUGUCACUGAACACUGUUGUGCUUUGAUUUUAUGGAGCUGGAAAAGGCCCCAGAUAUUAACGACCAGCUCCAGCCUGCCCUGCUGCCGCUAUCAUUACAGGUUUGGUUGGGUGGCACUUUAGCAAAUGUUGCCAAAGGUCUGUAGUCUGGCCAUUCUUUGCCUUAAAACUGAAAUCUGUAAUGUUUUGAAUGUAGUGUGGUUUUUGAAUCCAUUUGUAUGUUGGUGCUCUGCUUUAGAGGAAUGCUCGGUAAUGCUUUAUUUUAUGGGUUUAUAAUUUUUUAUUUUUAUUUUUUUUAAUAAAUUCCAAGACAUUUCCUGGAUUUAAUUAUGUUAGUGUACUGAUUAGAGGAAAAUAUGUUUAAUUGUUACACUUCCAAUUACUCAUUAAUAUGUACAGCUAAUGUAAACACAGCAUGUCAGCUAUACAUGCAGAAGUAUGAGUUUGUCCAUAGAUGACAGCACUUACACAAAGAAUACAUUUUCCAAUAAUGAAUGAGACUUUGGGCAUUCUUAUUUUCCCUAUAACUGAUAUCAAAUUACAAAUUCUUUUCAGGAAGCUUUCUAAGAAUCUAUUAGAAUAUUAUGGACCAUAAAAUGCAGCAUUUCUGUUCUCUCCCGGCCUUGGUUGACUAUAUUCAUGCCUACCUUCAUCACUUAAGUAAUCAAUACUGGAUUCUUGUAUAUGUUGCAGUCAGUGACAUUGUCACUGCAUUCCAGCAGUGAGUUGAAACGCCUUCACAGACACCACACUACAUACUCCCUUGUCUCUGCUGUAGUUUAAAAGAGCAGAAAGUUCCAUAUUUUUGAUUACCUAAGUUUAGCGUAACUUUAUAGACAUUGCUUCUGUUUUUGUUUUGUAGCAGAUUUUUGUUGAUUAUUUAAACCUUCCAGGCUGCUGAUUAAACCAAGAAUGUGACACUGACUGGAUGGUGACUGCCAUCUGAUGUUACUGAAGAGUGUAACUGGAUUUUAUAAAGCUCUGACAUAUUCUUCCACAUUAUACCCUUACAGUUCUUGUAAUCGUAAUAUUAAAUGUUAAAUCCAGAACUGGCAGGGUUUCAUCAAAUUAAUCUCUCCUAGUUAUUUGGGGUAAUAAUAUCAUACCUUGUGACCUUCUCUGGUUUUCAGUGUAAAACUGCUGACUGCCCUAGUUGAUAUGUCAAAUAAUCAUUUCAAAAGAAUGGUUUGUGCAUUUGUCAUGGAUUGGAAUAUCUAUAUAAUUAUGGUGAUAACUAUUUGCCUAGCAGCCUGAAGUCCAGCUAUUUGUAUCUGAACACAUUUCUCAAGAUGUAUUGUAAUGGUGAGGGUUUUUGUUUAUAAUAAAUUUACUCACUGAA